GUCAGCAGCAGUAGCGGCAGUAGCAUUGGCAGCAUCUUGGUAAUUAUUCGGACGGGUUCGGCUCUGGUUCGGGCGACCCCGUUGCCGUUGCUGCCUGAUUUUUUUUCCUCUCGAGCCUGUGUGCCGACUGAAAACCCGGAAAGUUGAGUUCGCUGAAGUCUCGUCCGAGUCCAGCAUUGAUUCAGCGUACGCUUCGACGCUGCCUCCGCAGGCAGUGGCCGAAGAAAUCGCCGCCGACGACCCGUCGACCAUGUCGGGCGACCACCGCACUGUCAUCAACGGCAGUCCGAGCCAAUAUGUCAAGCUCAAUGUGGGCGGAUCGCUUCACUACACCACCAUCGGGACACUCACCAAGCACGACAGCAUGCUCAGGGCCAUGUUCAGCGGCCGAAUGGAAGUGCUCACCGAUUCCGAAGGCUGGAUCCUGAUCGACCGGUGCGGCAAGCACUUUGGCACCAUACUCAACUUCCUGCGGGACGGGUCGGUGCCACUGCCAGAGUCUGCCCGGGAGACAGCGGAGCUGCUGGCAGAGGCCAAGUACUACCUGAUCCAGGCCCUGGUGGAGAGCUGCGAGGCGGCCCUGCAGAAGAAGGAGAGCUCGACCGAGCCCAUCUGCAGGGUGCCCCUCAUCACCAACGAGAAAGAGGGCAACCUGCUCAUCAGCACCUCCACCAAGCCCCUGGUGAAGCUCCUCAUCAAUAGGCAUAACAACAAAUAUUCCUACACAAGCACGUCGGAUGACAACCUGCUGAAGAAUGUGGAGAUGUUUGAUCGGCUGUCGCUGCGCUUCUGCAGCCGCGUGCUCUUCAUCAAGGACGUGAUAGGGAGCAACGAGAUCUGCUGCUGGACCUUCUACGGCCACGGCAAGAAGGUGGCCGAGGUGUGCUGCACCUCCAUCGUCUACGCCACAGACAAGAAGCACACCAAGGUGGAGUUCCCGGAGGCACGCAUCUACGAGGAGACGCUCAACAUCCUGCUGUACGAGAACCGCAACGGGCCGGACCCCGAGCUGAUGCAGGCAACAAGCACGCGCGGCGCCGUCGCGCGCACCACGACGUGCUACACGAGCGACGACGAGGACGAGCGCCGGGCGCCCCUGGGCUCGUCGUCGUCGUGUGGCGGCAACUGCGCCCGCGACUCGAGGGACUCGUGCCACCUGGGCCGCAUACGCAGCACCAAGCAGAGCAGCUGAGCCCUGCACGCGCGCAUCCUCGCCCUGCGCUCUGUCUGAGUGUACCCGCGGCAGGAAGGAGGGCUUCCGCCUGUCGGGAGGAGUCUUGCAACGCCGGCGGGGCUCUGGCUUCGGCAAGGACACCUCCAGUAAGAAGGCCUUUUGCAAAAGGCCUUCAGAACCAAAAGCCUCUACUGAAGGCCUUCGGUGAAAAGGCAUUUGGCACAGAAAGCCUCCUUGCCAAAUGCCUUCUGUGAAGAAGCAUUUGGCAUGCAAAGUCUCCUUGCCGAAGAGGAAGCCUUUGGUGCGAAGCCUCCUUGCCAAACGCCUUCAGUGCCGAGGCAUUUGGGAUGGAGGCCUUUGGUACCAAAAGUCUUCUCACCUAAGGCCUUCACCUGCAGGCCUCUGCCAAGGAGGUCUUCAGUAAGAGCCCUUUGGCAAAGGAGGCUCGUGACAUUCGAAGCUGACGGUUCCUUUCUCCGGCGGUAGCCCGGAAGUGUCGUACUGGUGCGAUGCCCGUGGGGUCGAUCCAAGUCUUUGUUCAAUAUUUUUCUUUAAUUGUGGCGGAUGCGGUUGCACAUAAAUUUUACGAGUGGAAAAUGUUUGAAGUAUGUUGAAUGCAAACGCCGUUUGAAGGGGCCUGGAUUAGCACCGUUCCUUUUGUGUCAAAUAUGAAAGUGUUCAUGUUUAAUAUAAAUGUGAACACUGCUUCAUUAGAAAUGAAUGAAACUGUGUUUUCAUUUGUGUUGAGUUACGCUGGCAUGGGAAAUGUGGUAUUGGAACAUUGACGCAAAGAAGCAUUAGUCGGAUCCUCUUUGAAAGGAACAUCUGCAGUGAUGUGAUUGCUGCACCAUUUCUGCAAAAGCGCUUAUCCUGUUUCAUUCUGUUACAUUUUACCAGAAUGUGAGAAAUUUGCACCAAAAUUGCUCCAAGACUUACAGUAGUUUCACUUUAAUAAUACUGUAAAUAUAAUAGCUCGGGCCUUGCUACCUGGCCGAACCAUUACGAUGUGCUUACGCGAGUUUUCGUUACUCUUGAUUAUUGUCUCAAGUAACACACUUUUCAAUCACAUUUUAUAUCAAAAACUGACAGUACUCCAAAGUUUCUCAAUAAUUUUCAUGUUCGUGUCUGUUCUGAAGGGUUAAUUAAUCUCGUUGAGUGCGCUUCUCACAGCGCACUGGUGUACUGCAGAGAAGCGACGCGAUUUUGCGUGUCUUGCUUCGCCCCAGCGCACCCCUGUGCUGAGGGGAAAGCGCUCUUCUAGAGCGAGACGCAAGAGAAUUUCUGAAUACAACUUGAGCUUGUAUACAGUGCUAUCCACUUAUAACAGUAACGAGAAAACCCGAAAGUUCAAUCGUUAUAACCGAUCAUCGUUGUAUCUGGACUAGAAUCUGAUCGUUUCUAGACUAGAAACUCUAGAAACUGAUUGUUAUAAGCAAUACGUUGUUAUAUGUGGUAGCGUGUAAUCACACUGUAUAUGAUAGACUGCGAUAUUCUGGUGGUACCUUUUUCCAAUUCGAGAUUUAGCAAGGAUACUUCGGUAUUGCAAGAAAUUUCUAUGCACUCUUUGGUAGAUAAAUUUUUUUAUGCCAACUCAUUUGUUUAGUUAUCACUUUUAUGUAGGUGUGAGUAAAUUAGACUAAAUUGGCAGGAGCAGUAGAUGGGCGCUUGGCAAAAACCAUAACGAGUUUAGCGGGAUUGUUUUUAAUUUUCGUUGACAUGCCAUUUUUGUUAUGAAGUCAUGCAUAUAAAAUGCAAUUGACAUUCAUAAUGAAAUGGCAAGUGCUUUGUUUUUUAUCUGAAUUUCAAAUUUUAGUUUUAUUACAGCCUCUAGAACUUGAAGGAAACAGUAAUUUAGGAACUCAAAAUUAUUUUAUUAUUUCAGUGAGGUUCAGUACCUCAAAGAAUCAUUCACAGCAGUUUGUGCUGUCCUUCAUCAGUCAUCUUCUUUUCACCCUGUCUGGUGCUUCUUCAUACAACUAAACACUAGUUUUGUGUUCGAGGGAAUUUCUUGCUAUGCGAUUGAUGCUACAAAAGUUUGCAUGUAAGUGAGAAGGCAAAGUGUACAAUUCCUUUUAGUUGGACUGGCCGACAUUAAUCUUGACAUAAUCUUUGGAGUGACAUGAAUAAAAAUAAAGUGUGCAUUCAUGCUUUAAAAGUUUUUUUUGCUGCUCCAAAAGUGACUUUUGGUUGCUCCAAAAUGACUCGGGCCAAUCACAUCACUGCAUCUGUGGGAGGAGCAAGUGCUGGUCUCUGCUCCAAAUGUUGUUAAAUUGCUUCCCAUACCACAUUCUAAUUCUUUUUUCUACCUGAUUUCAGGGUGUGCACGGCAGUUGGGAAAGCAGUGUCAUGCUCAUGUACACCGAGUGCAUUGUUGAAAGGUGGCACUGUUGGAACUUGCCGGAUGUAGAAUUGAAUCGAACUGAACUUAAUGACAAAGUUUGAUGCACUCCUGGCUCUGCCAAGAUUAGGACUGUGGCACAGAUGUUGGUGCAGUCCCCGCCCCUUUUAUUGUUUUUAUUUUGUAUUGAUUUUGGAUAUGCGUUCUUGCGUGGACUUGGUCCCUGCACGGGGAAUGAAGGCAUUCCUUGCUAAUUCAAAUUGAGGGAAGGAGCAACCUGUAAAACAGCCCGUGGUACAUUACUGUAAUAUCUGCUACAACCCUGGUCAUUUCCUUACAUUUGUUUGUGCUGCUGUUCACUUGAAUCAGUUUGGAAACAGAAUUUGCAAUGCUCUGAGUUGGUAUGUCUAUGAUGCCCCUGAGUGAAAAUGAAGGGUAUCAAAGUACUAACCAAGCCAUUCAAGGCUCCUAAUGCUUGUUAUGUGUAAAGGUAAUAUCUAGUCUGUCAUAUUAAAAUGUAAAACAAUUUUCGGCACAACACUUUUAUGUUUGCGUCAAGCUCCUAUAUCGGUGGCAGCCUUCAAUGGAGCGCAAUGCUCAUCUUUCUAGUAAGGUGGAGCUGCAGUUGUGGUCACACGUGGAAAUAGACUUCUCCCAAUUGUACAACUUCUUGGAAGAUUUUACGACUAUCUCACGGCUUAGAUUGAUGUUGUCUUAGAUUUUUCGUGUUGCGAGCAUCGCUGACUAAAAGUGUUCGAGAAAUUAUAAAUCUGAAGAUAACUAUGUUUGGCAACAAUUCAAGCGGGUCUUGAAAAGCUUGCUUUUCAACCAUGGUUAAUGUUGUCCUGUGAAUGAUAUAUCUACCUGUCUCUUUUACAUGUUGGUUGUUUGUAAAAUUGUAAAAUGUAUCAUGUAUGAACAUUUCUUCUCGAGUGAAUUAAACUAAAUAUGUGUACCACUUA